UCUCCAUGAACAAAGUUGGUACCAGUUUACAAAAUCAAUCAAUGUGGAAAGACUAAGAUCGCUAGAAAUUUAGGGUUCUUUGGGUUCUAGGGUUUUGUUGAAGACAUGGGUCUUGGUUCUUGGAAGACCCCUAAAACUCCAUUGAUGAAUCUUUGCAAGGAGAGGAAGGAACUGAUCAAAGCGGCGAGAGGCGCUCGGUAUUACUUGGCCACAGCUCACGUAUUGUAUUUUCGAUCUCUCGUACAGUUCGGCAAUGCCCUGAAUCAGUUUGUGCAGAAGGAACUGAUCGUGAUUCCGAUUUCCUCUGAUGACGACGAUUCGUCUGGUGAGAGCUCCGUUUCGGAUUAUGACUCCGACGGUUCGGAUUCUCUGUUGUGCUCAACGGCCAAUUCCGUCUGUUACCGAUCAGAACCUUCGGCUUGUCGGAGAGCUUCUGCGAGAAGUCAUGGCGGCUGCGGCGGCACAAACUGUCCGAGCAGGAACAAUGGGUUUGUACCCGUGAUGAAACAUGAUCACUUUCCCCCAAAGCCUCGAAACGUUAGCCAUACUUGUGUGUCAAGCGACGGUGUUCGAGAUCAUUGUCAUGAAGAUAAGCACAAUUCUCAGGAGGGUAUUCGGAAGUCCAAUGACGUUUCUAGGUUUGUAAAGAACGAAUUCGUGAGUGUGACAAUGGAGAUGCCGAGUGGCGGCGGCGGUUUCUUUCGUGAAGAAAUAAUUGCUGCAGAAAAUCCAUCAUCUUCUGCUGCGCCUCCACAGCCUAGGGUUCCAACUUGGGAUUUUCUCGAUGUAUUCAAUGUCACAGAUUACGUGAAUUGCGAUUAUAUAAACGAUGAUCGAGAUGAUAAUGAAGACGAUGACGGAUGGAGAGAGGUGAGGGAGAGGGAGGGUAUUCCUGACUUGGAAGAAGAAAUCCAGACAACUCCAGUUGUUGAUCCGAACCAGAGGAGGAAACAGAGGAAGAAGAAUGUUAAGGAACAUCCUCCGAACAGUACAACGACAGUAGCAGAGGAAGAAGAUGAAAAGAAGGCAAAACAUAGUCAUGUUUCGCCAGUGGAAUCCACACUAACCAUGUCUGAAAACGAGGGUGAAUUUUCUUUUUCAAGGGGAAUUGUGAGUUUUCCCACUGAUGAGGAUGGUUCUUCAGGAUCGCUCGGUUCAUGUAUGGAGGAAUCAGGCUCGAAGGACCUUAGGCACAUCGUAAGUGAGAUCGAUCAGUUAUUCGAGACAACGGUCAGAUGUGGCGAAAGGGUCUCUUCCUUGCUUGAGGUUGGCACCUUGCCUCAUCCUCAAUCAUUAGGAGCUCAAUUCAAGGAUUUUGCUUCGAGGGUCGUCCUAAGUUUUGUGAACUUCAAGCAUAAGCAUCUGAACAGUUCGAAUUCAAGUUCUCGAACACUGCGAACAGGCGAAGAGGAUCCUAAGUCGAAGUCUAAUUUUCUCUCCGCGACUUUGGAGAUGCUCUACAAUUGGGAAGAUAAACUUCUCAAAGAAGUUAUGGAGGAAGAGAAACUCCGGGAUUUGUAUGACAAAGAGUACAAGAUUCUGAAGAAUCUAUACCAUAGAGGGGCGGAAUCGGCUGCGAUCGAAGCUGCGGAAGCUUCAGUGAAAGGGCUGCUCUCGAAGAUCAACGUUUCCGUCAGAGUGGUCGAAUCAAUCUCUAGAAGAGUUCAUAAGAUAAGGGAUGAACAAAUGCUCUUUCAGCUGCUUGAGAUCAUCCAAGAAUUCACAGAGCUGUGGAAAUCGUUGGCGAAAUGUCACCACAAGCAGUUUUGGGCGAUGGCAAGAAGCAGAUCUUGUGUUCACAUAGUGGAACCCGAGGUUCAGAAGAAACCAAGCAUGAAGGCGACGCAGAAACUCGUGGCACAGAUCAAGAAAUACGAAGCAUCGUUUACAAAUUACGUUUCUGCGCAGAAAUCAUUCGUCAGGCUCGUAAACGAGUGGCUCCUCCGCAACAUGAUGCAAGAACAAGACGAGGAUACUGCCCAUGUCUCCCCAACCGCCAUUGGAGCUCCUGAGAUUUUCAGGUUGAGCGAGAACUGGAGGCAAGAGAUCGAAGGGGUAUCGGAAACGAAAGCGUGCAGUGCCAUUCAAGAACUGGCGUCGAGAUUCCGUGACGUGGAAGCGAUGCAAAGGGAAGAAAUGCGGAGAAGGGUUAGGACCGAGCAGGUGGAGAAGGAGUUAGAGAAGCAAAGGAGGAGCUUGCAGAAGGUGUGGGGAGGGACACUGCCGAUGAGCGACUCGGCCGAGAAGAGGAUAACGCAACUGGGCGGAAUCGGGCAAGAUUUGUCGGCGUUGAGACAAACCAUGGCGGAAGAGAGAGCGAGGCACGAGAAAGUGGUUCGAGAAUUGAACGACGCCGUUUCGGCGAGCUUGCAAGAGGGUUUCGGACCGAUCUUUGAGGCUCUGGAGGAGUUCUGUCUUCAGAAUGUGAAGGCAUAUCAGAACAUUACAAACUCUGCAACGGUACAAUCGUGACGUUCAUGUUAGCGAUUUAAA